AUGGCUGCGACGAUAUUGGACAACACUGCUAGGUUCGGUCUUGGCUCCUGGACAGCAAACUGGACAGCGUUUAAUGCGACUCAAUACAUUCCAUCUGCCAAAGAUCUCGCACUGGCGGGCCCGCGGAUGUUUAUGAAACUUGGUUCUUACCUCCCAGUCUCGGAAGCCGUGGAUAACCUCUUUGGGGUACGGAUAGGGGAACGUUUUAUACCAGAAGCUACAGGUGCGGGCGCAGGAAUAGUGGAAGCAGUUACGACAGCUGCAGCUUCUGCGAGGGACGUGGCGCAGACAGCGACGGAAAUACUGGUUGAGGUGGACGAGGAAACUAUCGGAAUCGCUUCCAAGUUCUCGAUGGAGGGUGCCAGGAGUUUAGGCAAUGUCUUUGGCUAUCUCACCAGUAAAUGGGCAGUUCUAUGCUUCUUCAUUGCUCUGGUCCUAAAUCGAUCCGCCAUCUUUGCCUCUAGUAGGAGGCCGAGCGUGUUCUUCCCGUGGAAGAUAAGGCUUCUCAUACGAAUAACCCCGAUAAUCCUCCUACUGUUCGAAUGCCGCGCGUUACUACAAUCUAUACAAUGUCAGACGUCUCCUGACUUCGCUAUGUUGCGCUGGGGAAAUGCGUCCAAGCAUUCAGACUUGAUGUUCAACCAAAAUGGAGGAUUCUUGCAUACGAUAAGCUCGACAAUAUUAUUUCGAUCAACGGAUGAAGAUUCAUGCCUUGCUGUCAAUAUGAUACCCCCAGUCUACACCAAAGAGGAGAGUAAGUCUAUGGAAGAGUCAGAGAAACCGCGUGUCGUUCUCACAGGAUCGCUCUCUCGUCUGUGGCCACUUUUCCAGACCUUUUGUCUCAGUCAAGUUGUCGAGACCAUUUCCUGUGCAGUUCAAGGCCGCUUAGUGUUGGCAGAAACAGGCAUGACCAUCUUCGAGCAUUCGUUGGCUUUCGCAGAGGCGGACGCAGCGAUUGGAAAUCAGCUAGGUUUUGGUUCUUUUGGUGGCACGAAGAUUGCUAAAACCUGGGCAAAUUCGUCAUCUACUUCUAGCAGUGAUUUUCAAGAAAUUGCUAUCACAAGAAAAAUGAUCAUGCAAAGAGUCAACACUGCUCCCGAAGUACUUUUGGUUGCUUUCCUGUCUGGUAUGAACCACUUGACGAGCCAUAUCCUCGCCAUAUUUAAUAUGCAGGGGAGAUUGCGACUCCUCAAUACCGGUUUCUGGGGGUUGGCAUUCAUGGCAUCGAUUGUUUGGGGCCUCUGGACUUUCUCCUUGGAUGACCUGUCUGCUCAGUCUCUGCUCAGGUUUCCGACUGUCUGCAUUGUGGGUUUCAUCCCACAUGUUGCCGUACUUUGUGGAAUCAUCUGUUGCAUGGCUAUAUACGGAGUUGCUCUGGUACUUUCUGCUUUAGCACCUCCUCCAAGCAAUAGAAUACCUGGUUUAGACCCAGAUGAUGAAGACGCGUUGCCCGAGCCCGGCUUCUUGGACAGAUUGAAGAAUGCCCAUGAGAAUAUGCAAGCGAGCGUUCCACUGUCCAGCAUUCGGGUGUCUAUGCACAUGGAUUUCUAUACUGCGCUCCUGAAGACUGGCUUCAGUAUCAUGACAAUGGCUGCGGAGGCGGUGUACUUAAAUGAGAGUCGUGGUGUCAACAUCAAAGAACGAACGUGGUUGGAAGAUGAUCGUCUCCGGGAGAUUGAGACUAUAGGCGCACAUUGGUUAGGUCCAAACUUCAGGCUUCGUGACCCAGAUGCGGAAUUUUCGGAUAACGUCGGACUCGUUGCCGCAAAAGACCAACCCAUGGACCUGUUACGAGAAUCGUCUAGUGGUUAUGCUAGAGAAAUCACAGCUCAGAAAAGAGGCGGCGUUCUGAAAGGGCACGAGCGGCCAAUCAGAGACGGGGUCGGAGCCACAGAGAGAAGUGGUCGAUGGAUCAUGGCAUUGGAGUUCUUUUUGGGUAUCAAUAGAUUGAUGCUCGGCUGGUGGGCGUCUAUAACACUCAGACUCAUGGAGCGAGCAGGUAUUGAUUAUCGCCCUCGAUUUCUGGUAUGGCUUACGCAAAGGCCCAAGGAGAAGGUCAACAAAGAUAAACGCGCUGAUAGCACUGAUCCUGAGUCUUUGAACUUCUGGCUGCUGAGUCUGGACGGGGAAUUGACCUUACCAAAAGACGAUCAUGUUGAUGUCGAGGCGGAGAUGAGGAAUCGAAUCCGGACUAGUGAUGGUUCUUGGAACGAUGCUCAAGAAGAGCAAUUAGGGUCGCAACUAUAUAAAUGGUGGCUUAGUGGAGGAUGGUGGGGUGCAGAUGAUAACAGUGGAGAAUUCAAAUCAGAGAUUGAAAACGACGAUGAUACCACCAGUGUUGUGUCGUUUGCGACCACGACAGAUAAUGACGAACAGGAGUGGGAGUCAGAACAAGAUGGUCAGAGAACGCCGACUCAAGGAUCGCCACAAUUUUCACGAGAGGGUACGCCAUUUACAGAUACGCCAUUGAACUCGGCCGAUCUUGCUCGACUCCUCAGUCCUCAGACCCCAGAGCAACGGGCAGAAGCCCAAACCCUCGCCGCUCACUUGUCCAGCAACAAUAUUGUCACUCGGUCUCGUUAUCGAGCGAUCGUCCAGAGGGAGCGCGCCAAGGUGCUGACAUCGACGUUACAUCGACCUGCAAAUCUACCAGCUGCCAGUCCAAUUCCUGGGCUCGAGGCGCAUCUGGCAUGGGCGAAGGUGGUCCGCAUUGUGUUGUUUGUCAGUCCAACCCCAGAAGCAUCAUUGUUUGGCCAUGUCGAUGCCUGA